UUUAAGGUUUGCAUAGAAAAUAAUUACUUAUUUGGAAGAAUUUUGCCAAAAGUCAAUAAGUGUACAAUUCCUACUGUACUUCCUUAAAUAUAAUUAUUAUUGAUAUUCUACUUUAAUCAAUGUUGAUGACGUAAAAGAGAAAGAGGAUUAAAAUAAUGAGUGACUCCAAAUCUUAUGUAAAUUUCUCAUGCCAGCGUUGCCUACAACCUCUGAAGUUAGACGAAUCCUUGAAUAAUCUUGGGGAACACACCAUAGCAGAUUUAACACUUCAAAUAAGAAGAAAUAAUGAGGUGGAUUUAGAUUUGCAAUCUGCGAGCUUGGAGCACUAUGUACCACCUUUUCGUAUGUCAGAGUCAGGUAAUGGAGCCAAUGGUUUUAUGGUCAUAUCAGAUGGCUGGGAAACAACAUCAUUAGGUCAUCAGUUACACGUAAAAGCUACAUUAUUUGAUUUACUAUCAAACAAUUCGGAUGUUGAUCAUCCACUUUGUGAUGAAUGCACAGAUACACUUCUAGAAUUAAUGGACAAUCAAUUACGUUUAACUGAAGCGGAGUGGAAAGAUUACAACGAUUAUUUAAAAAAACUUGAAGACGAUAAAGAAGAUUUGAAUUUGGAAGGCCUAGAAAAAGAAUUGGAAGACUGGAAGCAAGAACAGAAUAGAUUAUUAGAAGAAUUAUCAUCUUUACAAAAAGAAGAGAAGGCUAUGAAGGAAGAAAUCGACGUACAAGAAAAGGAGAAAGAGCGUUUAGAGAAAGAACAAGAUGUAUACUGGAGAGAGUACACAAAGUAUCGUAAAGAUUUAAUGACAACCGAAGAUCAGAUGAAAUUUUAUGAAUGUCAGUUGUCAUACACACAGUCACAAUUAGAAAAACUAAAGAAAACUAACGUCUUUAAGGCAACAUUUCAUAUAUCUGAUUCCGGUCAAUUUGGUAUUAUAAACAACUUUAGGUUAGGUAGAUUGCCCACAGCACCGGUAGAUUGGUCAGAAAUAAAUGCAGCGUGGGGACAAACUGUUUUACUUCUGUCUUCUUUAGCGAGGAAAAUUAAUUUCUGUUUCCAAAGGUACCGAUUGGUACCAUUCGGUAACCAUUCAUAUAUUGAAGUAUUAGAGGAUCAAAAGGUUUUACCAUUGUAUGGAUCCGGAGGUUUUAGAUUCUUAUGGGAUACUAAAUUUGAUGCGGCAAUGGUAGCCUUCUUAGAUUGCUUGCAACAAUUUAAAGAACAAGUUGAAAAGGGUAACACUGGGUUUUGUUUACCUUAUAGGAUAGAUAAAGGUAAAAUAGAAGACACAGCGUCCCCACCUCAUGCUUAUUCGAUUAAAAUUCAAUUUAAUUCAGAAGAACAUUGGACGAAGGCGUUGAAAUAUAUGUUAACGAAUUUGAAAUGGGCGUUAACUUGGAUUUCAUCACAAUUCAGUGAGGAUAAAACUGAUGAACACUAAGUUUAUAAAAGAAGCCAUAUAAAGUAAAAAAAAAUAUAACUAUAACCAUAGAUAUAUAAUCUAUAGAUGGAGUGUUUAAUACAAGUUUGACAUAUAAUCUGCAGUAGAUUUUGGAAACGUCAUAUUGUAUUGUAAAUGGCAACACUGAUGGUUCAUUAGAGCAUAUAUUUUU